AUGAAGAGGAUUCGCAGAGGUACUACUGAAGCUUCAUCAUCCCGACCUAAUAGACAGCAUCCCACGGCCUCAACGAGGAGACAGAGAGCGGCUCCUCAAGAUCACAUUGAGGAUACUACAGAGGUUGAAGAUGUAGUUCCUACUCAUGAUAGUAAUGUUGACACAGAGGUUGAAGAUGUAGCUGCUACUCAGGAUAGUAAUGUUGAGGUACAUGCCGAGCCUACUGAGCCAUCUCGAGUAGGUCCCAUUGAUCCAUCUUUACUUACGAGUUUUAAAACUCACAUAGCAGCUGCAAUUUGGAAUACCAAGUGCAUGUCGAAAACAUCUACCAUUCGUGAGUGGAAUUGGUGGGUUAAUCCAAAUAAUGGUAUAUUCAAAGGGUACAUUCAGAGGUUUGGAUUAGAGCACCUUAUUAAGUGUUCUUAUCGAAAUGCUGAAAAGAUUGUGGUAUCUACAUUUGUUGAGAGGUGGCAUCCCGAAACGAACACCUUUCACAUGCCUUUUGGUGAGAUGACCAUCACAUUGGAUGAUGUGUCAUCUAUUUUAGGCAUUCAUGUGUCUGGUGCAGCAGUUGCUCCUCUUGGAGAUGAUGACGACACAAAUUUUGAGUUGUCAGUUAAGUACUUAGGAGUGACUGAUGAAGAGACUACUGAACAAUUGCACCAAUACAGUGAUGAGUAUGUGAGUUUGUCAUGGUUACGGGCGUGA